UGCCCUUUCUUUUCAGCUCUUCUCUCCCGUUCACAGUCCCAUUAACAAAUACGCCUCUCUCUCUCUCUCUCUCUCUCUCUCUCGCUCGCCCUACUUUCGCUUCUUUCGAUCUGAUCCAGUCCUCCCUGGUCUGGAAGGUAAGAGAUCUUAACCCUAAGGAUCUGUGCUGCAGUUGUUGGAUCAAUUUCUCUUUGUGGCAUGUGGAUUUCAUUUUGGCGUUGCUUCGAGUAGCCUGUUAGCAUAUCGAUUGAUUUGCAGGGUAUUGAAGUUAUAAACUAGGCAAUUUUAAAAUGGGGCGUGGUGUAAGCAGUGGUGGGGGCCAGAGUUCCUUGGGCUACUUAUUCGGUGGAGGUGAGGCUCCAAAAUCUGCAUCUGAUGCUGCUGCACCAGUUCAAAAGCCGGCUCCACCUCCUCCUAUUAACAAAGAGAUUCCAGCAGGCAUCCAAAGCAGUCAAGCCAAGAACUUCUACAGUGCAGACGGACAGAACUGUACCAAUUUUAUCACUGAUCGACCUUCGACUAAGGUGCACGCUGCUCCUGGUGGCGGUUCUUCUCUUGGAUACUUGUUCGGUGAUGGUAGUAAAUGAUGCCGAUCUUUAGCUGGUUUGGACAUUGUGAGUGUUGGAACAUACAUUUACUGCUUGUGGCUGCUAUCUGAUACUGUGUUGUGCAAUUUGUAAUCCAUAAACCUCCUCAGCAUGUAUAGUUUUGAUGUGCAAUUGUACCAACUGAAUUGGUACAUACCGAUGAGACAAGAAACACGCGCUUUGUGAUUGUUUAAGUGAAAUUUGCUCAUUCCA